AUGCUUGGCAGUAGAAGAGUCCGAUCUCAUGAAUCAUCGCUGACAAAUUUGGAUGCGUACAAUCCUAAUUGCCAAGUUAGAGUGCAUAUCAACCAUCACUAAUUUAAAACUCUUAAGUGUGAGAGUUAGCAUCAAAUCGAUCAAAAAAAGUUUUGCCCUUUUUUUCAUGAUGAAUCUGACCGAAGACGAGAUGUUAAAUAGCAUUCAUACUAGUAAAAAUGGAAUAACAAUUAUUUUUUAAUUUAUAGAUGCCAAUUGUGUCCAUAGGCGAAUAGAUGCCCUAGAGGAGAUUAGUGCUAAUGGUCUCAUAAUAAGGUUGAGCAAGUCUAUCAUCCAAAUAGAUAUAAGACAAAAUAUUGCACUCAUUUAAAGGAUUGCGAAUAUGGAGCAUAUUGUUCAUUUGCUCAUUCGGAGUAAGAGUUAAUCAUUCCAGUAAAAUUGGAUGGCAUGGUUUAAGAUAAAAAUUUUUGGAUAUAUCAAUAUAAAACAGUGUGGUGUCCUCAUACAAUCAAUCACGACAGAGCAUCUUGUGUUUAUGCUCAUAAUGUACAGGACUUCAGAAGAGAUCCAAAAAUAUUGUCACCCAAGGAGUGUCCACAUUGGAAUAAAACCAAUCAAAUUUUAAAUUACGAUAAGGGAGGCUGUCCGGAUUAAGAAUCUUGCAAGUAUUGUCAUGGGUGGAAGGAAUACGAAUACCAUCCUUUGAUCUAUAAGACUAAACCUUGUACACAAUAGAAUUGCACCAAGAAAUAAGGAGAAUGUGCUUUCUUUCAUUCUGAAUAGGAGAAAAGGGUGCGCAAGUAAGUUGCAGAAAACUCUUGGGUUAUUGAAGAACCCAACACUCAUGUUGAAGCUAAAAGACAGCCAUACAAAAAUACAUCGAACUACUUAGGACCUAUAAUACCCAAUUACAUUCCUCAAGAUUAUUUGAGCAGAGAGAAGAUGGAAAUUGGACAACCUUUUUGUUAAUAAUCAAUUUCUAACACUAAAACUUCCGAUACUCAAUCUAGAAGAAGUUCUGAUUGUUCAGAUGGUUCCAAAACACAAAAGAAAAAACACAAUAUUCAAUAACAAUACUAAUCUCAAAAAAAACCUCGUACUGCUCCUGUUACUCCAGAUCAAAAACAGUUUAUGGGUAACAAUUACACAAUGAAGGUUUAAAAUAAUGUGUAAACUAAAUCUUAUCUUACUUAUUCGAAAAAACUCUAUGAAGAAAUUUUGAAAUUAAAUGAAGGAGAGUACAUCUAUAAAAUUCUCCAGGGUUUCAAAAUUCCUGAGAAGAUGCUUAUGUAGAUGAGUGAUGAGCAAAUUCAAGAACUCAAACUUACGGAGCAUCAAAUAAAUCAACUUAUUUAAGUACUGGCUGCUAUAAAAUAAGAAUAAAGAUAUGAUGAAACUUGUGGCGAUGAAAUUCUUAGUUUGAUUUCAAACUAAGGCAAAUUUUGA